GCGGCGUCUCAGCCUGGGACACUAUUCACAGCGAGUACUGGGAACACGCUAUCCACGGCCUUGUUUGUCUUUAUUCUUUGAUUCCAUGGCAAUUUUCUCAUUCAGCCUCUUUAACUUAGUCGUCAUUAGGCUGUCGCUGUGGUGAUGCGUUAAACAAGUAAGUGAUAUCGCGUCGGUCAAGUGUAAUGGGGCUGCUGGAUAAACUAACGGGCUGGCUCGGCCUGAGGAAGAAGGAGGUCAACGUUUUGUGUUUGGGGCUGGACAACAGCGGCAAAACUACCAUCAUCAACCAACUCAAACCGUCUAAUACACAGGCACAAGAAAUAGUCCCAACAAUUGGCUUCAACAUUGAAAAGUUCAAGAGUUCAAGAGAAAGUCAUGCCAUCAUAUUUGUCAUUGACAGCGGUGACAAACUGAGAAUGGUUGUUGCCAAAGAGGAACUAGAUACUCUUCUCAACCACGAAGAUAUCCGCAGCAAAAAGAUGCCUGUAUUGUUCUUUGCUAACAAGAUGGAUCUGCGGGAUGCUGUGUCUUCUGUCAAGGUGUCACAGAUGUUGUCUUUAGAGAACAUCAAAGAAAAACCCUGGCACAUCUGCGCCAGCGAUGCUAUCAAAGGAGAGGGCCUCCAGGAAGGGCUGGUCUGGCUACAAGAGAACAAAUUGCACAGUAAGUAUCAUCAUGUGGAGUCAUUGUGGUGGUAGACUGUAGCUCAGCAUCUCUCUGGAUGGGAUUUAAUUCAUGGUGGGCCAAACAAUAGGUAUUGUGACUGUAAACCGAAAUGACAUCAAGAAAUAAAUCCCAUCUGAUUAUAUGGUCUGUACUGUCGAACCUUCUUCGUUCAGUUGUCUGUGAUCUCCCCUUGUUUGAAUGUAAAUCGUAUAUGUGCUGUGUACAUUUCCUGAAGUUACGAGACAAUAAACACACUCCAAAUGUGUCGUAUUUUUGCAAAGAAAUGCCACAAAUAAGUUCAGAUUUAGUUUCUUGAAAGGUAAAUGUCCGUUUCGGUUCCAUGGUUUUCUGUUAGCAUCUAAGCACAAUCAGAUGUCAUUUCUUUUCUUCUUUUUCUAUCAGAUCACAUCAAAACAAUGAACAUGUGAAUGACUAAAGAUCCUGUGAGCGUUGACACGAUGUGGAUGUGGUAACUGGACGUAUUCGUCACACUUGAUGUCAUAGGCCUUACAUGUCAAAUAGUCGAGUCCUUACUGUACAUGCUACGACUGACACCAUGAGUUUUUUAAACACAAUUCUUCUAAUAUUGUAAUUGGUAUGACUACUCUCUCAUGUGAAUAUUUAAAGCAGCCACAAAUAGAAAGUUACCUAUGUUGCACAUCAAUUCUGACUGAUGUUGUUUCUGUAUAAAGCAACAUAAAAGAAAAAUAUAUUCCAUGAUACAUGACACAAAUUUCAUCAACUGAAUGUUUUUUUAAUUGUUGUCAGUGCUGUAUUUUGCUCUACCUUGAGGGUUACCCUAACCCUAACUUUAUUUACAGAAAGGUUCAAUGUGAAUAAAUAUCAAUAAAUAUUGCUGUUAAUACAAAAAUAUUAAAUACUGUUUAUAAACAUUAACAUGUAAGAUGUUUAGGAAGACCAAGAUUUAAAAACGUUUGUAUAAAUAUAAAAUCUUCAUAAAUAAC